UAUUCAAUGCAGCAAGACUGGAAAGAUUGUGUUCAAUCUGCACCUGUUGGUCCAAUCUCUGUGCUGUGAACUCAAAAAUCAAUGAUGUUGGCAUCACGGGCACUUCUUGCCAAGCAGACUGCAGCUGUGUUGGCACGCCAGUCUGCCUGCCUGAUGCACCAAGGGGGAGACUGGGGGAACUGGGGCAAUACCAACAUCGCCGUGGUUUUUUCGGGCUGUGGUUGGUGGGAUGGAACGGACAUCCAUGAAGCUGCGUACACCAUGUACCACCUGAGCCGUAACGGAGCCCGUUUUCAGAUCUUUGCCCCAAACCAGCAGCAGAUGCAUGUGAUGGAUCACAUGAAAAUGCAGCCAUCCUCUAGUGACAACAGAAACACGAUGAUUGAGUCUGCACGAUUCAGCCACGGUCAGGGCAUGAUGAAGAUGAAUGAUCUGUCCAAACUGGAUGUUAACAGCUUCGACGCCAUCAUCUUCCCUGGAGGCCACGGAAUAGUCAAGAACCUGUCAACCUUCAGUAAAGAUGGCAAGGAGUGCAAGCUGAAUAACGACGUGGAUAGAGUUCUGAAGGAAUUCCAUCGUGCUCGCAAGCCUAUAGGUUUAUCUAGCAUGGCUCCUCUCCUGGCCUGUUGAGUGCUGCCCAGCCUGGAUGUCACGAUGGGAUACGAAAGUGACGAGAGCAGCCGCUGGGGCCGCUGGCCCAACACCAACAUGGUGCAGGCAGUCAAGAGCAUGGGGGCCCGCCACAACCCUCGCGAACCUUAUGAGGCGUAUGUGGACGAGAAGAACAAGGUGAUCAGCACUCCAACUUUCAUGUGGGAGACUGACUACCACUAUCACUACAUUUUUGACGGCAUUGGAAACAUGGUGAAGCACGUCAUGCGUAUGACUGCCAAGUGAGUCUCGUGAAUGACGAGACAGAAGGCUUUCACACGUAACUUUAGGUUGACCUGAACCCGCUAUUAUGUGGGCAUACAGAGAGUAAAUAAAGCAAGCAUGCA